AUGGUGGUGUUGGUCAUGCUGCCACUGCUUUGCUUUCUGUUCAUUUGUGGUGCCUUGUUGAGGUGGAAUGAGGUGAGGUACAGGAAGAAGGGUCUUCCUCCAGGGACCAUGGGGUGGCCUUUGUUUGGGGAGACAACUGAGUUCCUCAAGCAAGGCCCAAGCUUCAUGAAGAACCAAAGGGUUAGGUACGGGAGUGUGUUCAAGUCACACAUUUUGGGGUGCCCUACGAUGGUGUGCAUGGAUGCAGAGCUCAAUAGGUUCAUGCUGAUGAACGAAGGGAAAGGCUUUGUUCCUGGGUACCCACAAUCCAUGCUUGAUAUCUUAGGGAGAUCCAACAUUGCGUCCGUUCAUGGCGAGCUGUACAAGACGAUGAGGAGUGCCAUGCUUGGCCUUGUGAGCCCCCCAAUGAUCAGGGACCAGCGCUUGCCCAAGAUCGAUGAGUUCAUGAGAUCAUACAUUCAUAAUUGGGGUGGAAGAGUCAUUGACAUCCAAGAGAAAACUAAGGAGGUAUUAUCCGGCCUGCGAGCCGUCUCUUUGGACCCCUGCUACAUUAGAUCACAGGCCACCGCGCUAUGA